ACAAUUUUACAUGAUUAAAAUAAAUCUUUAAUGCCCAUUUUAACAUAAUUUGUUAGAGAUCUAUGAUUAUCUUCAUUGAGAUAAAACAUCUAAAACUAAAUCUAGAAUCUAUAUAGAAUAGAACUAGAUCUAUCUAGAUCUAGAAAAAAAAUUAUAAUCACUGAAAGCCGCCAUUUUGAAGCAAAUUCAAAUUAGCCUAGGCAUAGAUUUAGAUCUAGAUUAUCUUGUCUAGAGAUCUAGAUUAGACCUAGAUCUAGAUCAGUAGAUCUAAAUUUUAUAUUUCAAGAUUCAAAUUAUUUAUUUAUUAUCUAGCUCUAGAUAACAUAAUGAUUUAGAUCAGCAUGCAGUAGGCGAAUAUUUCACUGAACGCUAGCCCUGCCCUAGGCCUAGGCGCUACAUAAUGAUACUAGAUCUGAUCUAGAUCUACAUGACACUACUUAGUCACUACUAAGACAGUCACAGUCCCUCUAGAAUACUCUAGAUUCUAGUCUAGAUCUAUUUAUUUUUUAUGUGUACUCUACUGAACUCUACUAGUCUAAGUCUAGAAAUGUACUUCUAUGUUAGAAAGAUUUAGAUUAGUAGAUUAGAUUCUAGAAUCGAUCUCGUAGAGGGUAGAAUCUAGACUAGAGAUAUUAGUUUAGAUUUUUAUCAUUCUAGAUAGUAGAUAUCUACUCAUUACUAGAGUAGAGUGACAGAGUCAGUGUUAUUUAAAGAUCAUGAUAAAGACAAUAAAGUUAAAAUAAUCAUGGCACUUAUAGAUUGGCUUUACAGAGUUGUGUUCUCUUUUUUAGUAGAAUACUCAGCAUUUUUAGUUGUUGAUAAAUUUGUAAAAUCAGUUUUAAAGAAUACAACGUCAAAAAAAAGAAAAUAUGUUAAUAGAUUACUUCUAGUUGAGCCUUGACCAUUCCAUGUAAACAAACAACUGAUGAGCAUGAAAAAACCUUACAAGAAGAGAACUGAUGAAGAAAAAAAGACAAUCUGGAUGUACGAGUCUUGGGCUUUGUUCAUUGAAUGUUUACUGUUUUAUUUGAUUUAUCAAGUGCCAUAUUUUCUGAUUCUAUUCACAAGUCUCACCAUUGGCUAUACUCAACUCUCUGGAAGAAGUAGCUUCAGUGUUUUUUUAGCAAACCUUCGUGCUCAUUGGGAAAAUCAUAUGCAGCAUGAGGAGAGUUUGAAACAAAUAGAGCGCCAGAAACAGCAACAACAGCAUUUACAACAGCAAGCACUUGGCAUAGCAGGAUUGAAUCAUAGCACAGCUGCAGAUUUAGGAAAUUUGAGUGGGCAAGGAUCUGAGCUGGGUUAUGGAACCAAAUAUCAACUUUUCAAUAAACAAAGUCAUCUGAACUAUCCGCCUAAUGCCACAGUUGUACCAGGACAAGAAAGGCCUGCUUAUUCCCUUGAACUAGCCUCUGUUACUUAUAGGGAUGUAGUCAAUAAAGGUCCAGUUUUAUAUCCUGUAUCAUCCACAAACUGGAACAAUUCAGAACCUAUUACACGUGUAGAUUCUCAUUCUGCAAGUUUAAUGUACCGGCAGUCUGAAACUAACAGUAAUGCACUCCAGUUUCAGGACAAUAAUAUAAAAAGAACUCUUUGGUCAAAUGUAAAUCUGCAACGCCGUUCACUGCAUUCUGAUACCAAUGCAAAAAUUCAACAGAAUCCAGUUUCUUCUAUUAAAUCAAAAUUAAUGAAUGUCAUGAGAUUCGGCAAUACAGCUCCUAUGCCAGUGGGUCUUACAAACAAUGGUCAGAACAUGUGCUUUAUAAAUUCAGUUAUUCAGUGCUUGGCAAGAAGUCCAUUUCUUGUUGAUUAUCUGACUGCAGAUGCAGCUAAAGAAUCAGAAUGCACUGUUGCUGAGUCAGAACUGUUAUCAACUUUAGCAGAACUUUUAGAUAUAUUAACUAUAGAUCCUCCUUCUUCUGAACACAAAGUUUUCAGUGCAGUUAAAUUUUGUAAGGCUGCUUCAAUGUUAAAUCCUAGUCUGGUUUCACCACCAGAAAAUAAAUUAGCUCAACAAGAUGCAGCAGAAUUUUUAAUGUGGCUGCUUUCUAUCUUACAUCAUAUUUUAAAUAAAAAUAGGCAGGCUUUAGAAUGUGAUUCAUCUAUGAUUGUGAAGGAUGAUAAAUUUUCAAGUCCAAGAUUGGCUAAUUUAAAACUGAUUUAUGGGGAUUUGAAUGCUAAUCGCAUCCGUGAACUAAAAGACCAAUGUAGAAGAGAGAUUGCUGUAGCUAAUGGACUAGAAAAUGAAUCAUAUGCUGAAGCUAUCCAGCGUCUCUCAGAUCUAGAAUGGUUGACCCACAAACAGGCUAAUGACACUAUCAUUGAUAAUUUAUUUACUGGGCAGUUGGUUGAAGCUUAUCAUAGUCUAGAGCAUGGACACAUAUCUGUUAACUUACAAGCAUUCAAUGUUCUGCCUGUCCCCAUAGCUGCACCUAGGUACUCUGCAGGCCGUUUAGUUAUGCUAGAAGACUGUUUCACUAGCUUUUGUAAUAUUGAAAUCCUAACAGAAAAUCCUUCUGAAUCACACAAUCAGCAUGAACCGUUAAUUCAGAUCCCAAAUUUUCAAAAAAAGAGAACUCUUGGCAGAAUAAAUCUAGGUGCUACACCAGUUUCAAGGAAGCCAUCUCAUUUAGGACUUACUGACUUGCCUUCUCCUAUAUACCAACCACUCUUGCAGCCUACUAUUUCUGUCAUUCAACCAAUGUCACCACCUGUUGGAUCCCAUAUUUCAAAUGAAUCUUGUAACUUAGACCACGCUUUUAAAACCUCUACUCCCAUUGGAAGUGAAAAUGCAAUGUCCUUAUCACAAGCAAAAUUGCAGCGUCGAUGUUUACUGCGACAGUUGCCAGAGUGUUUAAUUAUCCAGCUGAUGAGGUUCAGAUAUGACUCUUCAGAAAAUGUCUCUACCAAGGUCAAAACUUCAGUCAGCAUUCGUCUUAAUCACUUCAAUUUAAAGGAUGUGAUAUACGACACUGUCACUCAGAGAAGUGACCUAACUGCACCAGCAGCAGGAUUUGUUUAUGAACUUUAUGGCUUAUGCCUGCAUUUAGGAGGGGAUAGUACCUCCCAUGGUCAUUACAUAAGCUACUGCCUGAUUGGGACCAAGUGGUACAGGAUGGAUGAUGAAAAUGUGAAUGAGGUUAACAUGGACUACCAGCUAAACAGUGAAGAGAUCAAAGAAAAUGCCUACUUACUAUUCUAUAGAAGAAUGAAUUCAAAAACAUAGCUACUUAGAUUAGAAAUAAACAAAUUAUUUGAUAUUUAGAAACAUACAUAUAGCUAGCUCUGUAUAAUUCAUUAUUUGUUUUAACAUUCAAGCAUUUCAUCAUUAUAGUUAUAUAUAUAAAAAUUGUAUGCCAUAGAAUUGUAUAUAUCUAUAAUAUAAAGCAGAAAGUAAGGCGUAUGUAUGUAUGUCCUGAAUAGAAAUCAAACCGUUUGACCAAUCUUGAUAAAACUUGGCAUAAAUGUUCCUUGGGUACUAACUGGAAUAGUAACAUAAAAACAAACUUAAGACCCUCAAAAUAAAAGUUGCCAUCUCUUUGAAAGUAUUAGUAUUUCAUGGAUCUAGGUCAUAUAGCCAUGUUUACAUGAGACUAGACCGAAAGGAUCUAGAUCUAAUUUUAAGAACUACACUUUGCAAAGAUAGUUUUUUUUACUUUGAAACAUGAAAAUACAAAGUAUAGUCCAUUGAUUUCAUUAUUUAAUAAAAUUAACCUUCAAAUUUGUGUUUCAAAAACAUUUUAACAUAAAUUUGUUUGCUAUAGCUGUGAAAUGUGACUUUAGCCAUGUUAAAAUACAUUUUAAUAGUUCCAUUCAUGUGUCGCACACAUAUAACAUGCGCUCUGAAAACACACUAUAAUUGGACAGGCAAUAUGAUGCUCUAUAUGGGAUGGGGGAUAUUAAAUUUACUAACAUACAAUAAUUAGUAAACUUAUUGAGUCCUUCAAUUCACUCUUAUAAUAUAUAGAUUUAUAUCUAUUAUAAUAGUAUCUAGACAUUUAAAUAUAUAUAGGCCUACAAACAAAUGUUUUUAUUGAAAAAAUAGAUUUAGGUCGAUUAGCUAUUUUAAUAGCUCCAUUCAUACUAUAUUUACAUUCAUAUUCGCUUUACUUAUAACAUUAUUAUUUUGUUUAAUAGUCUCUAAUGCACUAUAUCAAUGAUAUGCAAAUUAAGACCCGCAGGCAAUAUAUGGCCAGUAUAUAUAUUUAUAUAUAUAUAUAUAUAUAUUUAUAUAUAUUAUAUAUAAUCUUUAUUAUCCAUAAGAAAAUUAGUCUUACAAUUUUGUUAAUUUGUAAAUGUGUAUAUUCUAAGAAUACAAAGGGCUUCAUUUCAAAAUGAGUUGUUUGCUAAUUAUUUGACAAGAUAAUGUCUUUUUUUAAUGGUUAUAAAUAUUUUAAAAUAAUUUUAACCUCAACAUGUCUACCAUUAUGAUAAGUUCUAUAGAUUGUGAAUAUAUUAAUUUUGGAAAGAUAUGAAACUGUACAGUACAAAUGAUUAUGUCUGUAAGCUUACUUUCUAAAAUGUGCAGAAAUAAUUCAUAAUUCUGUUAAUUAAUCUGGUAACCUAACUUGAAUUUGCAUUUUUUGUUUGCGAGUGUAGAGAUUCCUUCAUCAGAAAAUUAUUCAUUUCCUUGAACUCAUUGGGAUUGUAAUAAAACAAUAGACUCAUUUUUUAAAAAUAUUUUCAUAGUUACAUAAUUUGGGAGAAAAUAGCCAAUAAAUGUUUUAAAAAGUUCACCUUUUCAAAGAUUUCCUUCUAAAAGAACAUCAGACAACAUUUUCCAUGAUUUUUCUUCUUUGUGGUUCAUUGGUACUUUGUAUAAAUGCUGCUUGCUCUGUUGUCCCAUUCUGUAAUGUUCUCUAGGGCACCUUUUAGUUACAUAUAUAAAUAAUUGAAAAUCAUGUCAUUAAAUUAUUAAUUUUUAAACAUGUAAAAAAUUUACAGGCAUUAUUCUAUCCUUUUUUCAUUGUCUGUUCUCAAAUUGAUGUCCAUUCUGAUCCAGACAUAGCUGGUAAAGGCAAAGCAGUGGAAUAAUGCACAUGAAACAAUUCCCUUUGUAUUCACUUGCAUUCACAUUUAAUGUCUGCUCUUAAUUGACCAACUGUUGUUGAUUUUCAUGCAUAGACUUUGUCUUUUAGGUAUUACAAUAAAAAGAAGUCAAGUGGUGUGAGAUCUGGAGAAUGUUAAGGAUAAUCACCAAAACUCCUCCCUCCAAUCCACCUGUUUGACAGGAUCUCAUUAAGGAAAGAUCUAACAUUGCAAUGGUAGUGUGGGGAUGCCCGUCUUGCUGGAAAUAAAAAUUCUCUUCCUAAAAGUGUUCUCUAAUGAUUGGCAUGACCGACUCGACAAUAAGUCACGCCACACUGUAAUUCCUGGUAAAUAAACAUGAAGGUCCACCGUGGAUUCUCAACUGCCCAUUAUUGCCAUUGUGACAGUUGAUGAACCCAUUUAAUUUGAAUGUGGCCUCAUCACUCCACACAUCUUUGUGGAAAAAUGUGCAUUUUUAUUACAUGGUUCCAAGUACCAAUCACAAACUUGUAUUCUUCUUUCAUCAUCAUUUAGAGUAUGUGUUAAUCUUGGAAUGUAACUCUUUUCCAUUGACAAAAUUUCAUGAUGCAAGGGGCAAAGGAUUCUGAAAUUUGUAACUCCUGUUUGAUUUGCCACACUUACUUUCGUGGACUUUGCCAAAAUCUUUCAAGUAAUUUUUCUGCCUUUAUUGGACUUGUCGAAGUAUGUGGUCUCCCGAAAUGCUUUUUAAAGAUAUAUGAAACAGUUCAUCAGCUUCAAACUUCUCUCUAACUGGAGUGAUAUCAACCUGUGUUGGUGGUUCUUUUUUAAACAUCCUCCUUUGCACUUCAAUUUUUUUUUUUUAAAGUUGAGUCUGGCUGCCAUCAUUUCAAUCUCUGGGUUUAAACUGCAAAAAAAAAAAAAGAAGUUAAGAGGUUGAGUAUGAUACAAUAAUGUCAGUAAUAACAUUACCAGUCCUGGUAAUAGCAAACACCUGACUUUCAAUUAUUUAGUGUUUGUAUCUGUAUACAGCUUUUUGGAACGCCAUAUAUUGUCAUAGCCCUUAAUUAGGCACAAAACAAUCAGACUCCCAACAUGUGAUAUGAAACAUUGUUUCAAGCCUUAUUCUACAGUCUAAAGUGUAUGGAGGAUAUUAUCAUGUAAAGUCAUAUCUGUUGUGGAAAUUGUAAGAGAAAAAAGAGUUUUAUGUUUAUCAUGUGGAUCUACAAUAUUUUGAAUUAAUUCAACGAAGCAUUGUAACUUGACUUUCUGUUACUGCCAUGUAAGGCAACUAGAUUCUCAAAGAUAAUCACUAUUGUAAGUUUGAAUUUUUAUACAUUCAACAUGCUUCUUGGUUGCAUUUUGUCAGACAUCACUACUUCACCAUGUUUGAAAAUAAGAAUUAGACUUAGUCAAUGUAGUUAAGCUUACUUUGAUAGCCUUAAAAUUGUCAAUACAUAACAUGCAUGGUUAAUAGUCAAAAUAAAGGAACAAUAUCUCACAGUAUAAAAGGAACUCACUAUUGCUAUCUCCAGCAAGCUGGUUUUCAUUUGUCCAGAUGAAAAGCUUUUUAACUUCAUCCAGCAUGAACUUGGGGUGCUCUGUUAACAUAGCCACAUCUUGACUGCUGCCUUCAGUACUGUUUAGAGUUGAUUAGGUCAGUGCAUAUAUUGGAUGAGAAAAAAGUCGUGUGAACCUGACAUUUAGGAGACAUAAAUGAUUAUUGAAUACAUGAAGUAUUUCUGUUGCAGGCUAAGUAAACAACAUAAAACAUUGAAAUCUUUCUCACACUCAAUAUUUAAUGUUUGUCUGCUAUAUAUGUCUCUCUUUUCUGAAGUUUUGUCUUUCUCUAUGAAAAGUCACAACCAAUUUGACUGUGCCAAAUAACAACUGACACUGUACAGUGGUAUUAUGUAAUCUCUGACUGUACUAUUACUGUACUGAACUAAAUUUGACAAUUUAGCUCUUGUAGGUUUAACAAAACAAAACAACUUAGAAGCAAUAUGACCCUUUGGCCAGUCGUUCUAAUUUACAAGUAUAGAAAGGGGUAAUUGUGUGUAAUUAUCCAAUUUAUACUUUUGAUUUUCAAAGUGAAGAUAAUGAAAUACAGAUUUAUAAGUUUGUUAAUUGAUAUAAGUAUUUUUAUUUCAAGACACAAAUUAAUAUGGAGAAUUAAAAAAAAUACUAUGGAUAGGUCUUAUUUGUUGAGAAUGUUUUUGGUGGUAGCAUUAACAAUUUUAAAUUGUAAUUUAUUUGUAUUUUAUUUUAAUAUUCAGAGAUUUUGAAACUCAAAAUGCUGCAAAGAUGACCAGGUAAAACAUUGACAUGGCAUAAAAAAAAUGACCAUCCUUAUCAGCAUUUACCUUUCUUUCUAGUGGUUUAGUCAAUAGUUACUGCUCUUUAAGUUUCCAUUUUUUCUACAUUUGUUAGUAGACUUGUGUAUGGUAAAAGAUAAAUUUAGGAUGUAAUAAUGGUAAAACAUUUUUGUUGUAGGCAGAAUUCAUAAAUUAAAUGAGUUGAUUUAAAUCAUGUCAAUACUUAUUAUACAUUAAAUUUCCAUUCUUACGUUCUUGUAACCUACACAUUGAACAUAACAUUUUAUCAUUUAGUUUAAGUCUGACUAAAUUUUAGUUUCCCAAGGGAAAAAAAAGCUCACAUGAAUCUUAUGUAAUUUAGUCUCUACAAAAAUUUUGAGGAAAAAAAAAUGACAUCAUAACAUCUUUUUCCUUUUAAUUUCCAACAAAUGUGUAGAAUUACUUUUUUAAUUGUAUUUACUUUGUUUUUAUAUAUUUAUGAUCUAUCCUACAUUUUGUUUUAUUCUUUCCUUCCACUGCCCAAAGACUUGACUGCUUGCUGCACUGCUUUUUUUUUUUAACUCCUUGUCAAACUUUUGGGAAAUAUUAUCAUCUGUUUCAUUGUGUGUUUGUCAAUGAAGCUUGUUUGAUUUAAAGUGAAACAAUGGUUGACUGAGAGUAAAUAAACUGCUAUAGAAAUCAAAGUU